UAGGCUAGCGUGGAAGGCUUGGUGGAAGGAUUGAUCCACUUGCGGGUAGACGGACGCACAUGUUGAAGCGCGAAGUCGACGUACACGCCGCGCAUAUCUUGCUACAUGAUAGUGUUGACUCGAAUAUUUUUCGGUGUGUCGCUCCGAUGCCUCUCCUCAUCGUCUGAACCCGUAAUGAAGGUUCUAAAUGUGGCAGAAAAAAACGACGCUGCGAAGAACAUAUCGGAUCUCAUGUCCCAUGGACGGUUUAGAAGGCGCGAUGGUUUGUCUAGGUUCAAUAAAAUAUACGAAUUUGAUUAUAGGUUGUUAGGCUCCAAUUGCAAAAUGAGCAUGACUUCUGUCUCCGGGCAUUUACUGAACCUGGACUUCACGGGAACGCACCGAAAAUGGCAUUCCUGUUCUCCGGUGGAACUGUUUGAUGCUCCAGUUGCACGUGAAUGCCCUCCGGAUUAUGACCCUAUAAAAAAGACGCUGGAGCGUGAAGCAAGAUUCUCUGACAUGUUGAUCAUCUGGACCGAUUGUGAUCGAGAAGGGGAGAAUAUUGGUUUUGAAAUAAUUGAAGUCUGCCGCAAAGUGAAGCCCACUCUUCGUGUCUACCGGGCACGUUUCUCAGAAAUCACUCCGCAGGCUGUGUCGCGUGCCUGCCACAAUCUGGUUGCACCGGAUCCCAAAGUAAAUGCUGCUGUGGAGGUGCGACGCGAGCUGGAUCUUAGGAUAGGGGCAGCAUUCACGAGACUGCAGACGCUCAAGUUGACGCGGGAGUUUCCUGAUAUCCUCAGAGAUCAUCUUGUGAGCUAUGGGAGCUGCCAGUUUCCCACCCUGGGUUUCGUGGUUGAACGAUACAGGGAGAUACUAAACUUUGUGGCAGAGUCCUUCUGGAAAAUUGAAGUGGAACACAUCAAGGAAGACAUCACGGCACGAUUUGUAUGGAAGCGCCAUCGCCUUUUUGACUACCCCACCUGCUUCCUCCUUUACGAAAGAUGUCUCGAGUCAGAGGAGCCUGAAGCCAAAGUUAUAGAUGUGAGGAGCAGACCUAAGAGCAAGUGGAGGCCGCAACCUAUGGACACGGUGGAACUGGAAAAACUGGCCUCACGUAAGCUGCGCAUGACAGCUAAGGCUGUGAUGCAAGUUGCUGAGAAACUGUACACGGAUGGGUUCAUCAGCUACCCACGUACAGAGACCACCAUUUUUCCGGCCGAUCUAAAGCUUGAGCCCCUUGUUGAGCAACAAGCCAGGCAUCCUGCCUGGGGCGAAUUUGCCAGCAAUCUCCUGCGUGAAGGCAUCACUCCGAGGCAGGGCACGAAGAGUGACCAGGCUCACCCUCCCAUCCACCCAAUCAAAUACACUGAUACACUUCAGGGUGACGCGAAGAGGGUGUAUGAGCUUGUUGUGCGCCAUUUUCUGGCUUGCCUCUCCAAAGAUGCUGAGGGCAAAGAGACCACAGUAGAGAUUGAUAUCAAUGGAGAAAAGUUUGUAGCAACAGGUCUCAUCAUCCUUGCUCGCAAUUAUCUAGAAGUUUAUCCGUACGAUAAAUGGAGUGCAAAGGUCAUCCCUAACUAUGAGCUUGGUGAAAUUUUUGUGCCGACAUCCAUAUUGUUACUAGAUGGUGAGACAACUCCACCGCCAUUGCUGAAAGAAGCAGAUCUCAUUACACUCAUGGAGAAACAUGGCAUUGGGACUGAUGCAACGCAUGCUGAGCACAUUGAAACAGUAAAGAAAAGGGCAUAUAUAGCAUCCACGGAGGAGGGAUACUUGCUGCCUGGUGAAUUAGGCAUGGCCCUGGUCGAAGGCUAUGACUCUAUGGGCCUGGAAAUGUCCAAGCCUCGUCUCAGGGCAGCAUUGGAAGCAGACCUUCAGAGGAUAUGCCAAGGGACUGCUCAACCAAGAGAUGUUCUGCGUCAUCAAGUGGAGCAGUACAAAGAUGUGUUUAUCCAGUCAGAGACGCAGAUGAGAAAGUUAUCUGAAGCUCUGAGAAAAUAUUUGAGAAAUGGGCAAGUCCCGCAAAAUCCUCCAGGACGGCCACAAACAGGAAUGCAACCGGGAAGAACCGGAGUACAGGGAGCAGGCCGCCGGGAGCAGGGUACAGGAGCUCCAGAGGGAACGAGGCGCAGACGCUGUGGUGUGUGCGGAGAACAAGGUCAUAAUCGAAGAAAUUGCCCACAGAACGAGCAAAGCUAACAGACCUGCACUUCCGAAGAAUGCAAAGCUACCCAGUGUGCCUUUGAUCCUGACAUCAUCUAUGCAAAACAUGUGGCAAUUGCUUUAAGCAAAGAUGCCACCACAUAGUAGAACAACAGUCACACUAUCUGCGUUAUCAUUGCAUAUGUUAUUGGUGCUCUGGUGACUUCCCUCUGUGCAUUAUUCUAUUUUAUUAUAACAUUAACAAAUGUAGCAUUGGUAGUACUGUAACCAAGAAGGGAAGCGCUGCAGGAGCUAUGACAGGAUGCCGCAGUACAACUCAGAGACUUAUGAAAUAGACAAAAAGACAGGGUGCAGCAUUACAGCAUAUUGUCUUCUGUACAGCCCCAUUUUUUGAAUGCUGUAGGCAACAAUGGACCAAAGUUGUAACGUAUUUUCACCCACUUUUGCAAGUUCUACGACAUCUAUCACCUGUAUAUAUGAGGUUGUAGAAUAAACAUGGACAUUUUGAAGUUGA